CUUGAUUAUGUCAGUUUUUGAUUUUCUAUUUGAAUAUUGUACAUGAAUCAAAAGUUUCAUAUCCGUGUUUAUUUAUUAUAGCUUUGCAGACAAAAGCCAAAGAGAUACAUAGGGUGAAUUUUCCUAGCGAUGACUAUUUGAUAGUGAUUUGAUUAAACGUAUCUUUGUUGACAUGCCGGUAAGUCUUGUUUUCUUUUUUAAAGGAAUAUGAACAACACAUUAAAUGCUGUUUAUUCAUUUUUAUAUACAAAACAAACAGAAUAUUCAAGGAAGUUAGCAAAUCAAAAUACAUAUGGAAUUGAAAUAAUGAAGGCAAUUAUUGGUCAAGCUGCAAGUAAUUGUAACAAUGCUGCAAUAUAUUUAGGAGGAGAUAUAAAUACACCAACAUAAAUGACUUUUCGUUUUAUUGUUACAAAUAUUGAGCAGUGGCAAUGAGGACCCUAUCCUUAAACAAACAGUUCAGUAAAGUAUUUCUUUAUAUUUCUUACCUGGCCUAUAUAAUUAAAAGUACCUUGUGUUGAAAUUAUACAAUUAUAUAAAAAAAAACAACCAAAAACAAAACAUGCAAUGUCAACUUGAAUAUUUGUCCUUACAUAGUUAAGAACGUUGAAUAAAGUGUUUAAAGUAGUACAUGAUUUUCAGUUUGUACCGUAUACUUUUAUUUGGGACGGUUUGUCAGAACCUGAUGCGAAUACCUGGUUAUGUGGCAAUGUGUUUCUGGUUAAACAAAAAGCAAUGUAUUAAAGAAGAUUUUAUUAUUCCGUUCACCUCAUUAGAGAUCAAAUAUCUUUAAAGACAUGUAUGAAUGUAAUGGAAAUUGUAGGAAAGCCAUUAUCAAAACUGAGCAAACACGAAUAAAAUUGGUUUUAAAGAUUAUACUAUAAUUAUACUAUAUAACAAAAAUUAAACUGUAAACUACAACACCGCAAACAUUGUCGAACCGAACGAAUCAACAUUUAUAAUGUUAUAAGAAAAACUACAUGUAUUAUCAGAACACAUAUAAUCAAUAUUUGGUGAUUUGAUACAUACUUACAUUUCUAAAGACAGGACAAUACUAUAGAUAAAAGAUCUUCAACUAUCUAUUUAACGAUUUUUUUCAUUAUAAACGUAUAAAUGGAAUAUUUGAUAGUAAGAAAAUGAGGUGGCAUUAUCGAAAUUGUGUUUCUUUUUUCAUGUGUAUAAGUUUUGGUAUUUUUCUUUUAACAAGAUUUGUUUUAGAAAAGAAUCUACGGAAUAAACCAGUGGACUUAAAUCUUAGUCAAUCUGAAUUGAUAAAAAAGGACAAGAUUGUGCAACAAUUAGAUCGUCUAUAUUUUGAGAAAGAUGUGUUUAAAUUGUCAAGUAGAGAUCAACACGAAACACAGACUAAAAAGGUUAUCAUGUUUUAUAAUCUGCCAGAGUAUAUGCAUAAUUAUCUAAAGACGGAUCUUUAUUAUAAAAAUUGCGAUUUUAAAAAUUGUAUGUUUACAAAGAAUGUCAAAUACGCCCAUUCUGCAGAUGCGCUUAUAUUUCAUAUUGGUAUACGAAAUAAAAGAUUGGGAGAAAAACCACCAUUUACAGAUCAACAAAGAAAUCCUUAUCAAAUUUGGAUUUUCACAUCAAAUGAACCACCAGAACAUUAUUACAAUAGGGACUACAUGUUAUCGUCAUGGAGAAAUACAUUUAAUUGGUCUAUGUUAUAUAGACUAGAUUCUGACAUACCAAAUCCCUACGGUUGUUUAUUGCUCCAAACAUCUGAAAAUCAUCGAAAUUAUGACGUAAUCUACGAAUCCAAAGACAAAAAUGCUCUUUGGAUUGUCAGUCAUUGUCAUGUUUCUAGUGAAAGAAGAUUAUACGUAAACAAAAUGAUAAGACAUGGUUUUGAUAUCGAUAUAUAUGGUGGUUGUAGUUCUGAUGGCCUAAUGAUAAGCCGAAAGGAUCUUGAAUUAAUGAUUCCAAGAUAUAAAUACUUUCUAGCAUUUGAAAACUCUUUUUGUAUUGAUUAUAUUUCAGAAAAAUUCUUUCAAAAUUAUAAUCACAGUUGGAUAAUUAUUGUACGAGGAGGUGCGGACUACAGCAAUUUGAUACCAAAAGAAACGUUCAUUAAUACAGCUGACUUUAAAAACGUGUCAAGUCUUGUACAAUUCCUUUUCAAAGUGUCCAAUGAUAGAAAGAUAUAUGAGAAUUAUCUUAGACAAAAAGAUCGUUUUAUUAGUUUGAGAUGGCCAGUUAACAGGAAUUGUGAAUUAUGCCGUAGAUUAAAUAACAUAAAUAGUUUUAAAAAGAUAUACGAAAAUGUUGGACAAUUUCUCAAUCAAGGACAAUGCAGACGGGCAAAAGAUUUGUAAUGCAUUUCAUUAUGCACCGUACAUAAACUCUCUUAUAUAAUGCAUUGUAUCACAAAAUAUAACCACUUGAAGAUCAAUUGGGACAUAACAAAUAUUUUAAGAGAAGUCUAUUCCCGAUGACAUUCAGGUUUGAAGAAUAAGACUCUAUUCCGAAGUUGGUUGUAAAGAAAAUAAAGACGUUGGUGAAAAGUGUCGAGAUGACUCCUUAAGUAGAUUUCUAUUUAAAACAUAAUUAUUUAAUACUUAUUAUUCAAAUAUAUGUCAUGUUGGAACUGAAUGCAGAAGUCAUCACUUAAAGCAAAGUCAGAUAAAGUGUACACUCGGUUUUAUGGAACACUUUUGCUAGGUCCCGAUUAUGUACCUUAUAUAAAAUUAUUUGUUGUAAUAAUACUUGUUUAUACAAUAAACUUGUUUAUAAGAAACUACAUAUAAAGACUUCAAUCGAUUCAAGCUGAAAAAAGUAAACUGCGAAAAUCAACCUUAUUUCUCACGGGUUUUCACAUAUUGACACGAUUGAUUGAUAGAUGAAAGCACAACAAUACCGUUGAAAUUAUUCAUAGUUGUUGUUAUUUUACAAAGCAUAAUGUUCUGAAAUACAGUUGCGUUUUUAAGAAGCUAU